UUGGACUAGGCCUCGCUCAACAUCACUGUCAAAUGAAACAUGGCAGAACAUCAAUAGUCCACUUGUUUGAGUGGCGUUGGGCUGAUGUUGCUAAGGAAUGUGAGCAGUACUUGGCACCCAAUGGUUUUGGUGGGGUUCAGGGUCACACGGGGGCUGGAGCCUAUCCCAGCAUACAUUUGGCAAAAGGCAGGAAUACACCCUGGACACUGGACAGGUCACCAGUCAAUUGCAGGGCACACACACCAUUCACUCACACACUCAUACCCACUGGCAAUUUAGACUCUCCAAUCAGCCUAACCUGCAUGUCUUUGGACUGUGGGAGGAAACCCACACGAACACGGGGAGAAGAUGCAAACUGCACACAGAAAGGCCCUGGCUGACCGGGUUUUGAACCCAGGACCUCCUUGCUGUGAGGCGGCUGAAAUUGCUGAAAUUUCACGGUUGUACAUGCUUUAUGUAUUAUCAUAUUGUUGCUUGGGUUUGUGUGUCUUUGUUUUGCUAGAUCUCCCCUCCCAGUGAAAACAUGGUUGUCACCAAACCAUGGCGGCCCUGGUGGGAGAGAUAUCAGCCAGUCAGCCACAAUAUGUGCUCCCGAUCCGGAACUGAACAGGAGCUGAGGGACAUGAUCUCUAGAUGCAAUGCUGUUGGGGUGAAUAUCUAUGUGGAUGCAGUUAUCAAUCACAUGUGCUCAUGUGAAGGUGGGGUGGGCAGGCACUCGACCUGUGGCUCAUAUUUCAAUGCCAGCAAAGAGGAGUUCCCAUCCGUGCCCUUCUCUGCAAAGGAUUUUAAUGACAGAAAAUGCAAAACCCAGAGUGGAAAUAUUGAGAACUACCAGGACAAAUAUCAGGUGCGUGACUGUCGCCUGGUCGGCCUUCUCGACUUGAACCAUAGGCGGGAACAUGUCCGAGAAAAGGUGGCCGAGUACAUGAACGCUCUGAUAGACAUGGGUGUGGCAGGAUUCAGAGUGGACGCUUGUAAGCACAUGUGGCCGGAAGACUUGCAUGUUAUUUACAGCAGACUUCAUAAUCUCAACUCCACGUGGUUCCCAGCUGGUUCAAAGCCUUUCAUUUAUCAGGAGGUUAUUGACCUUGGUGGAGAGCCAAUAACAGCUGGUGAAUACUAUGAGAUGGGGCGUGUAACAGAAUUUAAGUAUGGAGCCAGACUGGGCACAGUCAUCCGCAAAUGGAAUGGGGAAAAGCUGUCAGAUCUCAAGAACUGGAGUGAUGACUGGGAUUUGAUGCCCUCAGACAAAGCUCUGGUAUUUGUGGACAACCAUGACAACCAGAGAGGACAUGGUGCAGGGGGUAGAUCCAUCCUCACCUUCUGGGAACCCAGGUUGUAUCGAUUAGCUAUGGGUUUCAUGCUGGCCUACCCAUACGGAAUGACUAGAGUGAUGUCAAGUUAUCGCUGGAAUCGGCAAAUCAUUGGUGGAAAAGAUCAGAAUGAUUGGAUGGGACCUCCGAGCUUUCCUGAUGGCUCUACAAAGCCUGUUCACAUUACCCCAGAUGGUGGCUGUGGAGAUGGAUGGGUGUGUGAACACAGAUGGCCUCAGAUCAGAAACAUGGUCAUUUUCCGGAAUGUUGUCAAUGGCCAGCCUCUGUGUAACUGGUGGGAUAAUGGAAGCAACCAGAUUGCUUUUGGGCGUGGCAAUCACGGCUUCAUUGUCAUUAACAACGAUGACUGGACCCUGGACGAGACACUGGACACUGGCUUGGCUAGUGGGAUGUACUGUGAUGUCAUUUCCGGGCAGAAGGUGGGAGGCCGAUGCACUGGGAAGCAGGUCACCGUGGGGGCAGACGGAAAAGCUCACUUCAAAAUUGGCUGCUCUGACCAUGACCCAUUGGUUGCCAUCCACAGGAACUCUAAAUUAUAGAUGCAAAAACCAGCAACAGCGCCUAGUGAGAGGCGCAAGCUCCCCCAUAUGUUUGCUGUCUGAUUCUAUGGCUGUGUUCUCAUGACCUCCCACAAAAAAAAAAUGUCUUGAUGCCAAAGCAGUUCAUAGGAGUGAACUUAAGCAGGGAUAUACACUCUGAGCACUUUAUUACACUUACUUAUUCAUGCGAUUAUCUAAUCUGCCAAUCAUAUGGCAGCAGUGGUAUGCAGAAGAGCCUACACAUCAAACCUCUUAAGUGGAUAGGCUACAGCAGCAGAAGACUUAAUGAGUCUAAUGAGAAAUAAGUAAUAAAUACCUAAUAAAGUGCUCACUAAGUGUAUUUAGCUCCCAAGGUGUUUUUGUGAGGCUAUAGAAAACUAUGUGUGUUACACCUUGUUUGCCACUUCGAAUCAGCACAGAAAUGAUGUAGAUAUAGAUACACACACAGCUACUGCUACUGCUCCUGUUGUGGUCUUUUCAUUGUAGAUGGUAAUGAUACUCAGCAUGCAAGUAGCCAGAUUUUUUAUGACUUGCUCCUGAAGUAAUUUUAGGAAUUUUUUUUAGGGGGGGGGAUCUGCAUUUAAGGUGGCAAAACAUUCACUGAAGGGGACAGACGAGGUCAACAAUAAAUACAUUCUCCAGCAACUUUAACGCCUAUAAGCCUACAUUUUGAAUAGCCUGGAAUAAACUGUGGCAUGUUAAUGCAAAACCCAUUUAGCCUGAGGGUACUAGCCUAGACAGCUUGCACUGUUAAUCUUCAUCAAUAUAAUUGCUAUAAAAGGAAGCAUAUUCAUUAAUCAUAUGGAAAACUCUCAAACGUUGUGCGUGUUUACAGACCGAACGGAAAAAAUUAGAAGACGAGAAGAAUGCUGCUAUAUAUGCCAAUUUAUGGCUGACGGUGAUCACACACAAUAACGAGGAUUGAGAGGCAGGAGGAUCAGAUUUCUACCUGACCAGAAUGUUGAUGACACAAGACAUGAAAAAUGAGAAUACAUCAAAGAAACAGAAGUGGUGCUUCACUACCACCAAUCAGGAAUAAUAAUUUCUGAUGGGAACAUGAAGAAUAGCAUCCCAUGCAUCAUUUUACUGAUGCACACUACCUGAAAACCUCUUUAAUGUGGAGACGAGCAUGUGUUUAUAUCCUUAUGUAUGUAAUAAAAUAUUAAGGACAAAAGAAAAUGCCAGACCCCGUCCAAAUCCAUUCUCUAUCUCAAACUGAUAUUAAAUCCGAGCCCUAUU